AUGGCGGGGCGGCGGCGGGCGCUGCCGCGGCUGCUGCUGCGCUGCCUCCUGCUGGGGCUGCUGGGCGGCGGCGGCGGGGGCCAGCCCGGCGGCGGCGAAUACUGCCACGGCUGGGUGGACGGGCAGGGAGGCUACCACGAGGGCUUCCAGUGCCCCGAGGGCUUCGACACGGCGGCCGCCACCAUCUGCUGCGGCUCCUGCGCUCUGCGCUACUGCUGCGCCGCCGCCGAGGCUCGCCUGGAGCAGGGCGGCUGCACCAACGACCGGGAGCCCUCGGAGCCGGGAGUCACCGCCCAACCAAUCUACGUUCCAUUCCUCAUUGUUGGAUCAAUAUUUAUUGCCUUCAUUAUCGUGGGCUCGCUGGUAGCAGUUUAUUGUUGCACAUGUUUAAGACCUAAACAACCAUCACAGCCAAUACGAUUUUCUCUGCGGAGCUAUCAGACCGAGACUCUUCCCAUGAUCUUGGCCUCCACAAGCUUCAGGACGCCAUCCAGGCAGUCCAGUACCGCGACAAGUUCCAGUUCAACGAGCAGCUCGGCUCACAGGUUCUCCUUCCCCCGGGCAGAGCCAGGCUGCCUUGCGGCAUCCUCACCUCCACCAUACACAUCUGGCUGCUUCCAGACAGCCCACACAGUCCACCUGACCCAGCCAUCAGGAUUUCUGGUGUCUCCACCAUACUUUGGGUAUCCUCUCCAGCCAGAGCCUGCCCUGGUUGGGAAGAACUGCUCUGAUUUUACUCAGAGCUGAGAGAACUUGUGAAGAAGUAAUGCAGCCUUUGAAAGCGCAGGGAAUGCUCCUGUUGGGUGUCACACUGAUAUGCUCUGUGGCUGCAGAAGUCAGAACUGUUCCUGUGGGUGAGUUGCCCUUGAAAAGUGAGGGGUCUCACUUGAGAUUGCAUUUCCCAAACUUGGAUCACACUUACAAAGGAAUUGUAAAACACUGCAAACUGUUGCUCUAAAACUGGACUGCUCUGCCUAAUUUGUGCAGAAUGUGUUCAGAGACAAGUAAAAGAACCAUGUUGGGAUGAAGGUACUCAGUGCUAUAAAUGACAUUUUACCCUCAUGCAGUUAACUUUGUUAAGAAACAGUGGCUGCUUUCCACUGAUAAUAAUCAGACUAGUUCUAUAAAGCAGCAAUAAGCCUGAGAAGUAAGAGAGGAGUAAUACUUACUAAAGAGGAUCCUUGAAAACAUCUGACUACUUACUACUUCCAUGAGCAAUGAAAGUAAGAGGAAGAAUUUUAUUAGAUAUCAAAAUGCAGAGGCUUUUUAAAAAUUCACAUAAUCUACCUGAACUUACAUUGCAUAUUUGGAUUAGUAAACUUUAACAGUGGUAGAUAAAACUAGUAGUAAUUAGGCUAGUUAAAGAUCAGACAGUCUCACAGAGCCAAAUUAUCUAUGAGGAAAGAAGAAUGUAUUCAGCAAUAUCACCAAUAACUUCUCCACAUAAAAUUCUAAAAAUAGCAGUCUACUAGAGCAUUCUUCAGAAGGAAGUAUUUAUUGUCAGCUUUUUGCUCAGCAAGUGUAAGUUGGACAAACUGAUAAUGAAGUUCUGUUUGUAAAAUUAGCCAUGUAUAAAAUGUAAAGACAAGUUUGUAAUUUAAACUUGUAAAUUUAAAAAUGCAUUUGCAUCAUUGACAUCACUAAUUAUUUAGUAGUAACAUAUAUAAAAAAAAAACCUACCAAUAAACUGUGUGGUUGAAAUGCUGUGUCAUCAGUAUGACUCCGUACAGGUAGUGUUCAUUGAAUUUGGUUGGUGUAACUCUUUUGUACUUUUUUCCUGUUAAAAUAGUUUAUUCUGCUUUUUAAAAUGAUUUACAACUUUAACUGCACCUGUUGUGCAGAUUUAAUAUAAUACAAAAUUCUGACUGUAUAGCAAACAAAUAAAUUAAUUUCUGUCUUUUACAUGCAGCUGCAGUGAAAAAGUGUUGAAAAUGACACUGAUUAGUUGGGUAUUUUAGAUUAA